CAGCUUGAUGUCCAAAACACAUUUUUUCACGGUGACUUGAAGGAGCAGGUGUUUAUGAAACAACCUCCUGGAUUUGAGGACCCUGAGAAACCUGACUAUGUUUGGCGUCUGAAGAAGGCCAUCUACGGUCUGAAACAGGCUCCACGUGCUUGGUUUGAUAAGUUCAGCUCCUUUCUUCUGGACUUUGGUUUUCAAUGUAGUUUCCCUGAUCCUUCUCUGUUCAUUUUUCACCAUGGUUCUGAUGUCAUCUAUUUGUUGCUCUAUGUUGAUGACAUGAUCAUUACCGGAAACAAUGAUGUUCUUCUUAACAAGCUCAUCAAUCAGUUGAAUACAGUGUUUCUUAUGAAGGAUUUGGGUUCAGUUCAUUAUAUUCUUGGUGUUCAAGUGCAUCAUCAUGCAGAUGGCUUGUUUCUUAAUCAAGAAAAGUAUGCCACUGAUCUUCUUAUUACCGCCGGAAUGCAAGAUUAUGCCCCUAUGAUCAGUCCGUUGCCCCUCAAGCUUGAUAAGGUCCCUGGUCAAGAUCAACUAUUCUCUGAUUCCUCAUACUUCCGGAGUCUAGCUGGUAAGCUUCAAUACCUUACUCUCACCAGACCAGACCUGCAGUUUUCUGUUAACUUCAUCUGUCAGAAGAUGCACAUGCCUAGUCAAUCCGAUUUCGCUCCGCUCAAACGCAUUCUCCGCUACGUUAAAGGCACUCUUGCAAUGGGAAUUGGGAUAAAAGCAAACACUGACUCCACUCUAAUCUGUUACAGUGACAGUGAUUGGGCAGGGUGCAAGGAAACAAGACGGUCUACUGGUGGUUUGUGUACUCUUCUCGCCUCUAAUGUCAUCUCGUGGUCUGCCAAAAGGGAUGAUACAGUCUCCAAGUCUUCGACUGAGGCUGAAUACCGCACUAUGUCUGCUGCGGCUUCUGAGAUUGUAUGGCUUCAGAAUCUUCUUUGUGUCAUGGGGCUCCAAAAACAGAGAACUCCUCCUCUGUUGUGUGACAACCUCUCCGCUGUGUGCCUUACAGCAAAUCCGAUGUUCCACAAACACACCAAACACUUUGAUGUUGACUUUCACUAUGUCAGGGAGCGGGUUGCAUUGAAGGCUCUUGAGGUCAAACACAUCCCAGCUUCUCUACAACUGGCUGAUGUUUUUACUAAACCUCUCGGACAUGACACCUUCCUCAAGCUAUGCACCAAACUUGGUGUCUCUUAUCAUCCGCCCCCAAGUUUGAGGGAGUGUAUUAGCCAUACUCAGCCCAUUACCUUAACUCAUGACAAGCCCACUGAAGUUAAGGAUGAAGCCCAUAAGCCAGACACGACAAAACUCAGGCUGUCUUGCUCCUCUGGUGAAGCCGUAGACGCUCAACGUACAAGAUGACAGCAUGCGCAAGGAAUGACCGCAACGGUCUCAUUUCCAGCUCAUCAAAUCAUCACCUCCAACAGAUUCGAUUGUCUUGACUCGUGUAUUAGGGCUUACUAAGUUUUGUAUAAAUAGGUAAUGAUGUAGUAGCGUUGUCUUUAAGUUGAAAGCAAUAAAACAUAUUCAGUAAAGCUUUUUCCUUCACUGUUCUUGUGUUUCUCAAGUACUAUCAGUUAGAUUUGAGACGUAUUGUGUGGAUCUGCUAUCAAAUAAUCGAAAUCCAUCGAAUAAGCAUUCUUUCAUGUAGAGACUAACUUUGAUUUAUAGCCUUAGAGAUUAAUUUGACGAUUUUAACUUUGUUCUAAUUUAUUGUAGUUUAAACGUAGGGAGUUUUCUAAAAUGACCUGAAAUUUAAAGUUAUUGUAAACUAUAUUUUGCUAUUUAUUUUCAAUAUAAUCAUUAAUUUAAAACAUUUUUUUAAAUGUCAUUAAUGUUUAUUUUUUUUUUGUUUUACAGCAAACAUUCACAGACUCAUGUAGACUCUGUAAACCAAUGUGGCAACUCUGCAUCCGUGUGUACGACGAAAGACGGUUGUUUUCUAGCAUUGCGUGCCAAGCGAUCUGCCUUGAUGUUUUCCGUUCUAGGUACAUGAACGAUAUCUGAGUUGGUGAAGCUUCUUCGUAGAAGCUUAAUAUCUUUGAGGUAGCUUUCGAAUGCUGGCCAUUCCUCUGGUUCUGAAACUAUCUUCACCAGCUGAGAACAAUCCGUUGCAAACGUGACCCGAAACUGUCUUAAAUUCUUCAUGCAUUCCAUUCCCCAAAUUAAAGCCUCUAUCUCCGCAUGGAGGGGGUGAGAGACUUGCCCUUACAUUCCUGGCUCCUAACAAACUCUCAAACCCCGGUAGUGUGUUGAACCAGCCUUGCCCUGAGAAUGAAUCCUUAUCUUUCCAAGAACCAUCUAUGAAACACCAUCUUCCUGCAGAUCCUAUAUUAGGUCUGAUCUGUUCUUUAUGUACCCCCGUUGGAUUAGUGGUGACAUGUGCCUCAGCCCAUAGUGUUGAUUCCAAUUCUGCUAAAUUAAGCGUUUCCCUUGGAUCAAUAUCAAGAUUGCUGAAAACUUAAUUAUUCCGCCCCUUCCAAAUGUACCAUAAUAUCCAUGCAAACUGAUGGUCUUCCAUUUUUGGGUUAACUCUCCAAAAUAGAUGAUCCAUAUUAGCAAAAAAGAGCAAUUAGGAAAAAUGUUUGGAUUCGAUGGGAUCUUAGAUAGUGCCCACACUUGACGUGCUGGGGGACAUUCAAAGAACACAUGAUUCACUGUUUCCUCCGGGUCACCACACCAUUCACAACAUGUAUCUCCUUGUAUUCCUCUCGCUUUUAGUUUUUUUGUUACCGCUAUACAACCCGUCAAUAACUGUCAUAAGAAAUGCCUUAACUUUGGAGGACACUUUACUUUCCAGCAGAAAGCCUUGAGUACAUCCACAUUGGGUCCAUCAAAUUCUGGUGGUUUUUCCUUAUCAGGGUAAAUCCUUUAUACUUAAUACCCUGAUUGUACCGUAUACUUCCCAUUAUUGGUGAAAUGCGAUCCAUUCCUGUCUUCCAUCUGAUUCCUACUCAAAGGAAUACUUUCAAUCAUAUUUGCAUUGUGUGGCUCCACCAAAGUCCUAAUGCCUGUGAAUUUCAUUUUCGGGAUUCCUGAUUAAUGAGAGAAUCCACUGUGAGGUCCGAGUAACUGUUAUGAAAGUUUUUGUUAGCUGGUCUCGGGCGAGUGGAUGGGAUCCAACGAUCAUUCCAUACUGAAAUAGAUGACCUUGUUCCAACCCUUUUGAAUAGUCCUUUACAAACCAGAUAUCUAAUAGAAGUAAUACUCCUCCAGCCAUAUGACGGGGAAUAUGAGCGAAUCGCUUCCAGCGGUGAAGCAUUCCUGCAAUACCGUCCUUUGAAAAGGGUAUUUGGCUUCUCGAUCAGCCACCACAACUGCUUUCCAAGCAUUGCUGUGUUAAAAUCAGUCAAAUCCUUGAAUGCUAGCCCACCAUUAUCCUUAUGUUCACAUAAUUUAUCCCAUGAUUUCUAGUGCAUACCUCGUGUACUUCCUCCUGGACUCCAACAAAACUGAGCUACUGCACUCGUUAAUUUUUUAACCGUAUCUUUCGGUAACCGGUACACACACAUCACAUGGUUUGGCAGAGCCAUGAUGACCGAUUUAAUAAUCACCUCUUUUCCUCCCUUGGUAAAAAAUCUAAAAGUCCAUCCACUCACCCUUUUAUUCAGCCGCUCUUGUACAAAGCCAAACACUUGUACCUUAGAUCUUCCUAGACUUUCUGGCAAUCUUAGAUAAGAUCCCAUUCCGCCUAGGUUCUGUAUUCCCAAAAUAUCUCUUAACUCUUGCCGGCUGGUUUCCUCAAUCUUAUGCCCAAAUUGAAUUGAGGAUUUCUGAAAGUUAAUUUGUUGCCCUGAGACCGCUUCUUAGUCCUUUAGUAUCCUGAGAAUAGUUUGACACUCUUCCUUGUUUGCCUUACAAAAGAAAAGACUAUCAUCUGCAAAAUGAGAAAUUGCUGGACACGCUCUUGCUACCUUCAUACCAGGUAAUUGUUUCUCCCGUUCCGCCUUUUGUAUAUUUGUAAUUAAGGCUUCAGUACACAGAAUGAAUAAAUAAGGAGAUAAGGGGUCCCCUUGACGUAAUCUCCGUUGAGGGGUUAUAAGGCCUCUUGGCUGUCUAUUGAUAAGUACCCUGUAUUGAACUGAUGAUAUACAUCCUCGCAUUAAUUUAACCCAGUGUGGAUCAAAUACCAUUUUUUGAAGGAGAGCCUCAUUAAAAUUCCACUCUAUCCGAUCAUAUGCCUUACUGAUAUCCGUUUUACUUGCCAUAAACUUAUUUUGACAAGACUUAUUAGUUCACAAUCCAUGAAACAUUUCUUGCGCAAUAAGAAUUUUAUCCGAUAUUAACCUUCCUGCCACAAAAGCCGAUUGUGUUUCCGAGAUUAGACGGAGAAGACAACUUUUCAGCCUUUGACACAAAACUUUUGAUAUAAUCUUAUAACCAACGUUACAUAAACUUAUCGGCCUGAGUUUUGUCAUCCUUGUGGGUCGUUCUAUUUUUGGAAUCAUACAAAUAUUAGUUAUGUUUAACCGUGGGUCCAUUUCACCUGUGACCAAGAAAUUAUUCACCAAUUCAAGCACAUCCUUUUCAAUGACACUCCAGGAAUGCUGGAAGAAGAGAGCAGUCAUUCUAUCCGGCCCUAGUGAUUUCUCUGGAUGCAUCAUGAAUAAAACUUGUCGAACCUCUUCCUUUGUUGCUAAUCGUAGUAACAUUUGAUUCAUCUGGGGAGAAAUUGAUAGUCCUAUCUCCUCCAGAAAGCCAUCAAACUCCGUUGGGUUAGUCGAACUGAACAAUCCAUCAAAAUAAUCUACCGCCACCUUCUCAAUUCCAUUCUUCUCUGUGACCCAGUUACCUGCUUCAUCGUGGAGAUCCACUAUUUUAUUUCGGAUCCGACGUUGCUUUGUCAAAGCAUGAUAAAACUUAGUAUUAAGGUCCCCAUAUGAAUACCACAUAUUUCGACUCUUCUGAUGCCAAUAUUCCUCCUCAUCCUUGUAAGCCUCUGGUAAUUUCCUGGAAAUCUCAAUAAUAUCCUCUUGUGAUAUAUUGUUAUCUGUUUGUACUUCUUCCAGCACCUGUUGGAGAUUCAGAAUUUUGUCCUUCCCAUAUGGUUGAUUGUCUUUCCGCCAUGAUGAUAUUUUAUGACGACAAUUGGUAAUUUUUGUAAUAAAAUCCUCUGAUUGUCCUUCCUGAUUCUCUGUCCACCCCAAUACAAUUGAUUCCAUUAGUCCCUCUUGGCCUAUCCAUCUCUUGUUAAACCUAAACUGUCCCUUUUUUUUCUUUGAUAAUUGAUCCUCCAAAACAGCAAUCACAGGUCGAUGGUCCGAUCCCACCAGUCUCAAAUAUUAUGUAUAAGAGCAUGGAAAAAGUGUAUGCCAUUUCUCAUUAGCCAAAGCUCUCUAUCCAGUCGACAUCUGACUGUUACUGAUCAUUUCCCUUUAACUCUGCGUCCUUGCCAUGACAUUUUAUUACCACGAGCCGGGAAUUCUAGUAAACUACUAUUCCUUAUCAUAUUGUUAAAAGGAAUAAAUGAAGUCACAUCUUAGUGUUCCCCCAUCCUUUUCAUGAUUUCCAGUAAUCUCAUUUAAAUCUCUUAUAACAAACCAAGGCUCCGAGCGUGAUAAUCCAUACCUAGUUAAUCUUUUCCACACCUCUUCUCUUAAUUUUUGAACCGGGUCACCAUAAACAAAGUAAGAAAAACUUGUUUCCUUUUGACCAUCGCCUCAACAUCUAUCAUUCUAUUGCUAGAAUAUAGAACCUGAACUUGGUACUCAUUAUUAUAAAAAAGAGCUAGACCGCCAUUUUCUCCUAUUUGGAUCCACCGUAACCAGACUAUCGUAGCCAAAGUGUGAUUGAAACCUUUGAACAAAUCCAUAUUCCUGCUUCGUUUCAGAUAAAAACAAAAAAUCUGGUUUAUGUUUAUGCCAUGUCUCCCGAAGAUAACUUAUGAUCCAAUGGCUUCCUAGACCUCUGCAGUUCCAGCUUAAUAUUUUCAUAUAUGAUAAUGCUUAUAUUGCUCUGUCGAGCCAAUAGAUUGCGGUUUAAAGAUACCCAGCAGUCUGUUCACCGAAUCCCAUAAAUACCAUACCACCCCUGCAAUCAAAAUUACAACACAUCCUUUAUAGUCACAAUCGCGCCGUUUGGACCCAUUUAUCCUAUUUGUAAUCUUCAAAUUACAUACAUACAACAAUCCGACCAAGACCUUAGAUAUAUACAUCCUGAGGCCCAAAAAGUAUACAUUCAUUUUUAUUCCUACUAGACCAUGAUACACAUAAAAUCUCGUCAAUAUCUGACAUUGAUUAAUAAGAGUCUCAUGUGAGUAGCAUAAAAUACCCAACACCUUUACAGGCCCAUUAACCCUUUGAACUAUAAUGUUAUAGCCUACUACUCCAUUUCCUAUAAAAGGCCGAGUGCUCCUCCUUUUCCAUAUGAGAUAAACACAUAGAUAGUUAAAAAAUUUGUUGCACUCAAAGUCAAAUAGUUUCUGGUUAAUUAUUAAAUGUACUCCACAUUUCAUCUCAGAUACCAAAUGCUUCUCAUGUAACGAGACAAUAAACACCAUAUUAUCCCAUAACACAGAAUCCCAUUUGCACUGUCUACACUCCAACAUACGCCUCUCAUCUUCAAUCUCCUUGUUUCGUCUAGCGACCAUAAGUAUACCAAAUUUUGGACAUCCCGCCAACUGAGCAGAACCGACUCAUAUUCAAACCAACCCAAGCCCAGCUAAAUCAUCCAACUGCAUUUGUUCACAUCAAGCACUCCCCAUGAGACCCCAAUAACCUCCCAUUUUCAAAACUCGUAGAUGCAAUAAAGCAAAGAUCAAUACUAGACCUCCAAACUCUUCCAUAUUUCCACUCCAAAAUAAACAAAAUCUCUCUACCAUGUCGAACAAACAUGUAUAAGUCAGGAGGACACCAUGAACUCAAGAAACCAUUCUUAUUCCAAAUCAUAAUAAAAAACAACAGAGCCAACACCAUGAUUGUUACCCCCAUACCCUGAAACCCAAAUAAAACCCCAAAAGAAAGACAAUUUAUUAAAACGAAUGAAAAGUGACACCCAUAAACCAAAUCCUUUGUGUGUAAUCUCGCUGUAGAGGAGGUUUGAUCCAUAACCUUAGAACUUUAAUUGAACCUGCUUCAGGUUUGAAGGACCCUUAUUCUCCGGUGGUUUGUUGCCGUCUCCAUUGCAAGUUCCAACCUUAGCUCCAACUUUUUUGCGUGGGGAAACAAGUGCACUCGCCAUCCUCAUCUUGUUGCUCCCUGCGGUACUGAUGGUAGGUUUAAACAGUCUCUUGUGAUGACCUUGCCUCCCCACCAUAUUCCCCACCGUCGAUUCCUUAUUGACGUUAACAUCACCAAUCACCUGCUCUUCUUCCUCCUGAAUGUGGGCGUGCUCUGUCAGGGCCUCAGCCGCCUGCUCAGCCUCCUCCUCCGAUAGAGUCAAAACUCCUCGUCGGCCUCCAAGUCCACACCCUCCUCUAGCAUGGUAGCAUUUAGAGCUUUCAUUUCCAUGUCGAUGUCUUCUGCUAGAUCAUCCUGUGCAUCCAUCAUUCCUUGCACCGUAAGUAAGCCCCUCUCCUCAUCAGUAGCCUCCAUAAUCACCUUUGGUCCUUCCGCCUGCGUCUUAGCUAGUUCAAUUUGGAACUCUAUAGAGGCUCCCGUAGCCUCUCCAUUACUCUUAAUCUCUCCUUCUUCUCGGCCUUUCUGAGGUGUAACUCGCUGACCUUGAUCACCUCUUGAUUGCUCUGAGCUGAGCCUGUUACGUGACUCUUGAGCCCCAGUUCCCACAUCUGUAGCGCCAUUUCUCACAUCUUCUUGACUUGAAUUUUUGAAUCGUGAGCCCUCACCCGUCCCUCUGUUGUUCCCAUAGUUGUUAGGAGGUCUCCUGGAUCCUCGCUCUCCAGCCUUAACCCACUUAGAGUCCUGAGCAUCAAAAGCCUUGCCCUUCCCAUAGUACUCCCUAUUGUCUCUUUCUUUGUUAUGUUGACCCGUUUGACCGUUGAUGACAACGCCUUUGUAACUCCGAGCUAGAUCCUCAUGCUUUGCACCAUCAUUCCAUCCCCCAUUACCAUCUCUGAUCUCCCUCCUUCGCUCUGGACUUUGUUUCAAGUUCUUCUUUGUGACAUAGACUGCCGCAGAGCUUGCAAAAACCAAAAAGCUUUUCAUAGCGCAGAGACACUGCCACUUCCUCUCUAUCAUAGAAUUCUCCCCCUUUGAAAUCCACCGUUGUUUCGAAACACAACUCCUUAAAUGCAUCAACCACUGCUUGGACACGGUUAUGCACCACAUCCACAUCAACAUCAACCACUCUCCUCAACGCGCCACCAAUUCUCUCGAAUAUCAGAAUGGUCCGAAACUCCAACGUAACUCCAAUGACUUUGAUCCAGAACAUGAUUUCCGAAGGAAAAGACGUGACUUGCUUUGGUUGCCACCUCGCCAGAGCCAGCAUCCAAUAGUCAAAAUGGAAAGGCUACUGCUUCAGUACCACAUCAAGAUCCUCCUCCGUCUUGAAAUCGAACUGGAACUUGCCAAAUCCCAAAUCACUGCCCGUGACCAUGUCCUCCAAUUUCCAACUCUUUGGAAGAUUUGUGAACAAAGCCUUCAUUUCCUGCUCCACCGGAUUCAUACACCUUCCGAUCAUAGUUUUGGAGUAGGUCUUGAUUAGUGCAUAGUUGUCAAAGUGCGCCACCAAUAUCUUCAAUCUCUUACGCGUACCUUCGCCAUUCCUUCUGAUCCUCACCAAGAUUCAGCAAAUUGCUCUGUGUCAUGAUAGCAGCCAAGAUAAGGAAUAAUAGACCUUUGAUAUAACACAAUGAAAGUAUAAUACACCUAGGAGACGCUCGUAUCAUCAUAUUAUAUCGUUCCCAAAUUUCCAUAUCUUCAUUCAAAAGAUAUUCCUCUCCCCCCCCCCCCCCCUCGUAUUGCUGUAAAUUGAUACUGUCCAAUUUCAUUUCCCAAAACAACCACAAACCCCAUCCCCUAUUGGAUCCCAAGAGGUGAUUAUUGAAAACAAUCACUAUUCGAUAAAAAAAUGAAAUCAAAGAAUCAUAAUCCAAUCUACAACCUGAAUAGGUUAGUGAUUCCGUCUUGAUGAAGAUAAUAACUCGUUGCCAUUCAAACCAGAUCUUCUCUUUCCAUAAGCUUCCGCAGAUCCCCUUUUUGAUACCCAAGUCGAACCUCAAUCGAGCCACAUAAACGCCUUGAUACACAGUAUCAAGGUUAUGAUCUUACCAGAUCGAAUCGACCCAACCUCCUGCUCCAAUGCCCGGAUCCCAUCUUCUUGAAACCAUCCAAACCCUAGAUCGCUCUUUUCAUCGCUGUCAAAGAGAGAGAAAAAAAUAUCUAAUCUUUUCUUUUUCUUUUUAAAGUGCAUUUACGAAUGUUUUGAAAACCGGACAGACUGGUUCAACCAUGAACCGUUUAUCAAAUCAAGUAUGGAUUGAACUAAAACUCAAAUUUGAAUUAAACUGCCAAAACCGGCGAAAAGGCAAAACCGGCUACUUAGGUUAGUCAGCAAACCCGGUUCAGCCAAAUUCAAAGCAUAAUUAGAUUGAUUCUGAUUCUUACUGUUUACAUAAAUGACUUUUCUUGAUUAAUUCCAAACUUUUAGUUUUUUUUUUGGCAUCAAAAUAAACUUUAGUAAAUGGCUAAAGCUUAAAACAAGCAAGCUUCAUGAGCUAGCCAUGAGGGAGCCUUAGCCCCGAGGAAACAGAAGUUUGAGGCUUGUGAUCAUCCUGCCUUGGAGAGACAGUCCGCACGGACGUUACCAGAACGGCUUAGCACGGACGUGAUCAAGCAGGCUUGUUUCCAUUAUACAUAUUUUCUAUAUAUUAUUAUUAUAAAAUUUACAGAAAUAACUUGAAAAAGCAAUUUUGGUCAUUCAUAUUAUUUAUUUUCAUAUAUAUUAUUCCACAUUCACUAUUCAUGAAUACUAAUUUGGUAUUAAUAUGCCAUGUUUUAUAUUGUGUGCCUUAAUACUUAAUUGGUUUAUAUAUUACAUUGGUCAAUCAGCAAAAACAAUAAUAGUCCCAAAUAUUUUUGAUUUGGUAAUUAUUUGUAAUUAUAUUUUACUUAAAGUUAUGGAAUAUUAAAUAUUUUCUAAUUUUAAUUUUAUUUCACUUUCAUCAUUUCGUCACAUACAGAUACACACACAUAGAAGUGAGUUUGAUAUAUUUGUGUAUUACAAUCAUGGUGUGGAUUCAAUAUUUUGGUUGAUUAAAGUCUGUUGUGAUAAUUUUGAUAGCUAACAAAAAAUAAUAAUAUCAUACAAUUGAAACACGACUAAAAUGAAUAUUAUGUUUAAGGAUUAUGCAUCAAAAUAUUAAUUUACAAACAAAUACUUUAUGAUGAUAGUUUAUUACAAAGAAAUUUUAUACCAUCACAAUAAGAUAAAUUUAUGAAAAUACAUAAGACAAAGAAUUCAAAAUUAUAUUUUGUAGACUUCUGAUGAAGUCAGCUUAAAAUUAUGGUUUAGUAUGAAUUAUACUAGCCUUAAUUUUGAAGUAGAAGUCUAUUAUAUCGAAUUAUUUUCAAAUCUGGAAAAUCUGUGCUUUUUAAAAACGUGAAAAUAGCUUCAAUCUGAAAAAAAAAUUUUAAAAUAGAAUUUAUGAGAUGAACUAAUAGCAAAUCAAAACAUAGAGUUUUAAUCUAUCACUUUAUUUGAAUAGAAACAUAAAAUUACAUAUUUAAUAACUAAUAGAUCUAAAUUUAAUACUUUUGGGAGGGUAGUUAAAAUCAUGGAUGAAAAUGCCUACAAAAUAAGAUAACAUUAUGAAAGACAUAAAAAAUUAUAAUUUAACAUCAUAUUUUAGUAGUAUAAUAAACAUUGAACUCUAUUAAACAAUUAAUUUUAAGCAUACUUCAUCAGAAUUCUAAUGUAUUGGCUAAUUUUCAUAUUUAAAAAUAUGUACAUUUAGAAAACAUGAAAAUAGUUUAAAAUCAGAAAAUAAAAACUUUUAGUAAAAAUAGUAUCUAUCUAUCUAUCUAUCUAUAUAUAUAUAUAUAUAUAUAUAUAUAUAUAUAUAUAUAUAUAUAUAUAUAUAUAUUAUAUGUAGUUGGUUGUGUUAAUUUUUUGUUUUUUUGAAACAGUCCAGUAAUAUACAUAUUUUUAAAAAAUCUUAAAAUGGAAAUAUUUCACUGACAAUAAUGCGGCAUAAUAAGUAAAAUCCACGAAAACGGAUGAAACGAUCAUAAAAUUCAUUCACAAGGUGAAUUGACUUUGAUAGUAGUGAAAGAAAUCAAGGUUUAAAUUAGCCUAAAGUUAUUUUUCUCAAGAUAUUGUUUAACAAGUUUGAGCAUGUUUCAUUGGGUUAUUAAAUUGACUGUGGUUGAAUCACGAGUAAACAAACUGAUAAAUUCUAAUAUACAAUUCCAUUUAUUUGACAUAUAUAAGAUCAAAAGAGUAAUUUAAAAAAAAUUAUUUAUAACAAAAUUAUGAUAAAAAACACAACAUAAGUUAAUAUAUAUACAAAUAUUUAAAAUAAAUGAAAAUUAUAAAUUUAACAUCCAAUCCAAAAUAAAUAAAAAGAAAAAUAUCAGGAUUAUAAUAAAUGUCCAACAAAAAUAAACUAAUUACACCAAUUUUUUUAGUUAUAAUUUAUUAAUUUUCUUUAAGUGCCUUAGUGAUUUCUUAUUAUCAAUAUCAAAAAUUGACAAACCAAAAAAAAAAAUUUCUUUCUUCUUCUAGUUUUUUUUUUAACAUUAGAUAUUUAAAAAUUAUUAUAGAUAAUGGUCACCACCGGUUCAACCAUUAAAGGUCACAUGUAAUUUGUAAAAUUUUAAGAUUUUUUAGUUUCCAAAUUUAAAAUUAACGUUUUUUUUGGCUUAAAUCUGAAUCAAAUUAUAUGACGAAUCACUCGAUUUACCAAUUCAACAGUGUGUCCAUGCCGGAUAUGAAGACAUUGUCAUGCACGUAAUGUGAGUCGUGUUUGUAAUUGAAAGGCAUAGCCAUUUAUAUUUAGCAGUGUCCCACACGUGGUGUAUUUAACUAAGAAUGAUUAUAGAUAAUGGUCACCCACUGGUUCAACCAUUAAAGGUCACAUGUAAUUUGUGACAUUUUGAGAUUUUUUUUGUUUCCUAAUUUUAAAUUUUAAAUUAAUGUUUUUUUUUAUUAAAUCUGAAUUUGCUCGAUUUACCAAUUCAAUAGUCUGUCCAUGCUGGAUAUGAAGACAUUGACAUGCACGUAAUGUGAGUCGUGUUUGUAAUUGAAAGACAUAGACAUUUACAUUUAGCAGUGUUCACAGGAGGUGUAUUUAACUAAGAAUUAUUAUAGAUAAUGGUCACCCACCGGUUCAACCAUUAAAGGUCACAUGUAUUGUGACAUUUUGAGAUUUUUUUUAUAGUUUCCAAAUUCUAAAUUUAAAAUUAACGUUUUUUUUGCUUAAAUCUGAAUCGAAUUAUAUGACGGAUCACUCGAUUUACCAAUUCAACAGUGUGUCCAUGCCGGAUACGAAGACAUUGACUUGCACGUAAUGUGAGUCGUAUUUGUAAUUGAAAGGUAUAACCAUUUACAUUUAGCUGUGUUCAGAGGAGGUGUAUUUAACUAAGAAUUGAGUUGAUUUGUAUUAAAAUCUAAUGUUAUUGAAUUUGUUAUUUCAUAAAACACUUUCAUAUCCAAUGUUACUGAAAAUAGUUUAAGUUGAGAGCUUAAGAAAAUUUCUAUUGAUUAUAGAGUGUUUUGGUAAAAUCUUAGUAAGAGAAAAAAAAAAACCAAAUCUCACAAUUUUAGGUGAAAUCUAUAUAGUAAUAGUACAGUUUCUACUCUCCUCUAAGUCUAUCCACCUCAGCAUUAAGUGGGUCCCACAAAGAGAAAAUGUGUUUGUGAUUUGCAUUUAUGAUUUUGAUUGCGUAAUUCAGUUCAUCUAUUAUUGAUUGACAUAACAAUUCUCUUCGACUCCCUUUUUCUCUAUCAAAAACCAGAUGCAACUAGAGAUUUAAAAUUCACUGAAAGAACACUACAAAAACUUUGCUUCAAGCGAUCUCCGGGAUCCAAACCGGAAAACAAAGUACCAUAGCUAUUUCGAGCAAAGAUUGUGUUUCUUCUACUCUUGUCCAUGGUCUAAUUGCUCUUCCAAAAACCGAAGCGUUAGUUUGUCUCUGCUCCCUAAUUUACAUCUCGAGUCCUUGAUUUUCAAAUAAUUACAUAUAUUCUGCUCUGAUUUUAUUUCUUGCAGGAAGGAUAUUUUUCUCAACCAUAAGGUAUUCUUAUGGGUGUGCAGUGCAGUUCAUUCGACAUGUAAAGAUUACGGGGAAGAAAGUCACGGCUGGUCUUAUCUUUGCAAGCCCUCUGGACGCAACACUCCAGCGGCGGCGUUCAGACCGAGGACAAUGAUGCACAUGGUGAAGAUCUUGAGGCUGAUGGUGGCAGUCUCUACCUUUAGGAUGGCUCUUUUGUUGGCUGCAGUUACUCUUCAAACUCAUACAUGGUUGUGUCUAUUAAUGGUAGGACUCAGGAUAAUACAGUUUCCUAAAUGUUCUCAAGAAGCAGUUCUCUUGCACUAUGUACUUCACUAUUCUCUUUCUUUCUUAUGUUCAUAAUGUUGAUUUUUUUUUUUACUAAUCUGUUUUAGCUGUACUGCAGGUUAUUGCAGAGUAUUCAAUCUUUCCAUGUAAAUACACUUUCUUGAGUUAAAAAUAUGCUGUUCAUGAUUGGUCGUGUUUCGUAUUCUAAUUCUUAAAUGAUUUUUGCAAGAGCUUCAACUCUGCUUUCUCAUAUUACAUGAGCAACAUUAUCAAAGUAUUAUAUAUGUUAUUGUUUUGCACUUGCAUUCUCAGUUUGUUCGCUCUGGUUUUAUUUUCUGAUUUUUUAUAUGAUUUUCAGAGAAUCAAAUUUGGUUUGGGACCAGACGAGAAGCUAAAAUUUCCUUGUCAUCAACACGAGACACAUGCUUUCUGCUCUUAGUCAGUACACUAUAUCCACAAGAAACCUCUUUGGGGACUUGGUGGUCCGACAGCGCCCCUGCCUACGACCAACAGCCUCAUUCCACUUCUUUCUUCUCAUACAAGGAUCAUGGGAAUCUCAGUACGCCGAUUUUUUCUUGUGUUGGUAUUCGUCUAUUCUCACCUCCUAUGCAAACCAAAUCCUCUAUGUUGCUUCCUCCACAUAUAGCGGAAGUGGGGUGUCCCUAUGUGGGAAGUUGCCUCUCUUACACCAAUGGUGCAUGCUAAUAUCUUACCCUUCUGAGUAAACAGCUGGGUUUAGGUCGAUCGGCUCGAAGUUUCACGCUGCAGUCACAUGUACAAUAUAACUGAGCAUCAAUACAUCAUUCGUUCAUCCCAUCAGCAACUGUUGAGGAAGUCCUUACCGGCUAUCAUGUGAUUAAUCUUCAGAAUUUCAUGCUUCACCAGUAUGACCACCUUUAUACUCUUUUUAACACUAACUUAGAGCUCCAAGAUGUAUCGGCCAGAUAUGUUCCGUCUAGGGCUCUGACCUAACCAACAAUGCAGCAACAACUCGAGUUGUGGUCCGUCUCCUUAUUGGCCCAGCUGUGACUGUUUACUUAUAUUUGUGGGAUGAGUCUACCUCAAAUUUUAGAGAUGUUUUGCAUUCUGGGGAUAAAUCUCAGUUGUAAUGGUGGUCAUUACAGUGAAUCCAAAGAUUUUUGGAGGUUAUGAUCUUUACCAAGAUUGAUUACUUUCAAAAUCUGGCACAGCCGAAGAUUUUGCAAGAAGGUUUAAAUUGAAGCGUAUGCUAUAUAUGUUGCUAUAAAGAAAAGAAGAACCUUGGGGGUGCCAUUAUUGACUUUAUUUGUAAUAAAGCAUGCGAACAAAUAUUUGUAAGUUUUUGAUCAUAGCUCCGUCUGUGAGAUUGAUGCUUUGUGUCAACAUGAUUUCCUUGAAAAUAAUGUUUACAAUACCAAAACUUGAGAAUGUUGGAACAAAACCCGCAAACGCAGUCGUGAGUGAAGUUGAAUUUCUAUCA